AUGCCGGAUACACUGCCAUUUCCCGCUGCGCUACGCUCCACCACGUCGUCGCGUGCUGCUCGAGUCCGUAAUGGAGCGAGCCCCUCACUUCCGCCAGCAUACCUUGACGGACUGUGGCUAAUACAAAGCAUCCUCCAGGUCAAACGCACAGUGAAGCUCGUUACAGAGCAGAAUCCUACGGACAAGGCUUCUGAGUAUGAGGGCUUGCCGGUUCGUCGGUGGUCUAUUGAGGUUUUCCUCUUGAACGAACACGGAGAGGAGAUUCCCGCGACUUUAUUUAAUGAAGUCACAUACACCCUGCACCCGAGUUUUGGCGAAAGGGCCGUACAGACGUUCAAAACGCCGCCUUUCCGGAUUGAAGAAGAAGGGUGGGGAGAGUUUGAUCUCCAAGUUGGCCUUGGAGCGCCGGAUAAAGAGCACACCGUCCCCCAUGAUCUGAACUUCCAGCAAAACAGAUACGAGUCAAAACAUGUAAUUACAUUCAAGAACCCAAAGCCAGCUGUUCUUGCGGCUCUCAGAGAAUCUGGGCCAGUCCCUGGUGAUGAAAAUGGUCUCAAGUCGAAACGUGCUCAAGAUGAGAGUUCGAAAAAGAAAAAGAGGAUCGACAAAAAUAUUGACAUGGAGAGACUAGCAGACGGCUUGCAAAAACUGGGCGAAGAUGAUCUUCUUCAAGUGGUUCAAAUGGUCCAUGAUAAUAAGUCUGCUGACUCAUAUACCAAAAAUGAUAUCGAGCAGGGCGAAUUUCAUGUCGAUCUCUACACACUGCCCGACACCCUGAUCAAGAUGCUAUGGGAUUUUUCUCAAGAGAAAGGGGUAGUAUAG